AUGGAAGCCAUUGUCGCUCAGGUCAAGUCAUUGGCCCAGGGAGUUGAUGGGGCGGCCCACAACUCUAUUCUCCAGAGCCUCCGUGAGCUCUAUCUUUCGCUUGAAACCCGCCAGGAUACAAUGCAAAGAAUAUCUUAUGCGCACCUAGAGCCGAUCCUGGUUAAGAUUGGAUUAGACUUGAAUCUUUUUAACAUCUUCGUUGAAAGCAAAACACCCUUAACUAUUGCCCAGCUUUGUGAUCGAACUGCUGCUGCGUCGGAUUUACUAGGACGCAUUUUACGUUACUUGGCCUCAGUUGGAGCUAUCAAAGAGACAGGCAAAGACACGUUUAUGGCCAAUAAUAUCACCAAGCACCUGAGUGAUCUAGGAGUGCAGAGUGCGGUCUAUCAUAACAUUCAGAGCUUAGCCCCAGCACUACUUGCAUUGCCCGAGUUCUUAGCUCAAAUUAAGUACCAAGAUAUUACGUCUCCGGUCAACACUCCGCUUCAAAAAGCCUUCAAUACCGAUUUGCCGGGCUUUCUUUGGGCGCAAACACAGCCAGAUGUUUUCCGGCAUUUCAAUCAGUUCAUGAUGGCACAACAUGCAGAUAUGCCGCAUUGGCUCGAUUCCUAUCCAAUUGAGCAGAGGUCUCAAGGCCUGGCACCAGAGCAAACUCUGUUCGUCGAUAUCGGUGGUGGAAUUGGCCACCAAUGCAUCGCGCUGAGGGAGCGACUAUCAGCAGUCAAAAACAAUGUCAUCCUACAAGAUUUGGAUGUUGUUGUUGCCCAGGCAAUCAAACAUGAAGGAGUCGAGACAAUGGCUUAUGACUUCUGGCAGCUUCAGCCAAUCAAGGGCAGUCGAUUCUACUACAUGCGCAACAUUAUGCAUGACUACCCGGAGGAGAAAGCAGUCAUCAUCUUGAAGAAUGCUAUUUCUGCCCUUGGCCCUGACUCGGUCAUUCUGAUUGACGAUAUGGUCCUACCGGGAAGCGGAGUUCAUUUUCACGCAACCCAAAUCGAUAUCACCAUGAUGUCUGUACUAGCCUCACAUGAACGUACGAUAACACAGUGGUAUGCUCUAAUGGAGAAAGCGGGCCUCAAGAUCAAGCAAAUCUAUACCUACAACUCCAGAUAUGAUUCGGUCUUGGAGUGUGUACCUGCUGAGUGA